GCACUGCAUAGUCAGAAAGCAAAUGCCAGUGUCACAAGUGGAGCAUGUGGAACCCCAACACCUGCACAGAAGAGAUGACAUGGAGAUGGAUACAGAACCCAAGUGAGUCUGAGAAGCAACAGCACACGAUGCUACUCACCCUCGAGAGAUUGGUGAAGGACGCUGGGUUACCUACUGUGAGGGCAUACUCACACUCGUACCUUUUCAACUCAACUCUGGAUGAGAUUGCUGUCAGGUUCAUCCAGGUUCAACUGUAAUUGCGGUCAGAUACAUUUAGAAAAGUGCUAGUGUGAGUAUGCCCUGAGAAGGAUGUUUCCUUGCUUUGUUUGGGAGGCAGGCAGGCAGGCAGGCAGGCUGGCAGGCUGGCCAAUCUAGAGUCUGAAUGCCCCGUCCGCGGCAUCCGGAAUUUAGGAACACUGCUGAAUCUGUUCCUCUGUGUGUGUGUGUGUGUGUGUGUGUGUGUGUGUGUGUGUGUGUGUGUGUGUGUGUGUGUGCAAGAGGGAGUGCACAGUGGGGAGGUAGGUUUGUGUGUUAAUGCUGUUUAGGAGAGCUGGAGAGGGAGGUUUUGAGAGAGAGGCAAACAGAUGUACAGAUGAGGGAAGAUUCUAUGUAUUGUAGGCGAUGAAGAGCUAGAAAGAGAGAUGGGCAAUUGUGUGAGAGGAGUACCAUGAUCUGUAUUAUUAUGCAAGUGCAUGUGCUGGCGGGGCGAGGUAGGUAGCAGUGGUCACAAGAAUCUUGUCUAUAAGGUAUAUAGGUUUCAGGGAUAUGGUGGGUCUGACGUGACAACGUCAGAGAUGUCAGACAUCAGGAUAGUUGGUGCUUUAGGCAGUAGGAUAUCCGCAGUAAUGAGGAUCGUUUUUGGAAGUGCGCUAGCUUGGGCGACAUGGCAAGGGGACAGUCCUUUGUGAACUGUUUCAGGUGCAAAACAUAAUUGCGCUCGAGCAGUGGAAGAAUAAUGUGUGUAAUAAUGUGUACAACAUGUCGUGCAUCUUGAAUAAGCAUUUUGAGAGGAUGAUCCUGAACGAUCUUCGUUUUCGGCGCCAGUGCAUGCGUCGAGCACGUGAGGAAGAGCACGCGACAUAGAACACGUGACAAAGAGCACGUGACGAAGAGCAUGCGACAAAGAGCACGCGACAAAGAGCGCGCGACAAAGAGCACGCGACGAAGAGCAUGCGACAAAGAGCACGCGGCAAAGAGCGCGCAACAAAGAGCACGCGACGAAGAGAAAGGGGCGGGCGCAGUGUCUUCAGGAGUUAUAUCAUGGAUGUCCUGGUAGUGGUUGAAUGGACCAGGAUGUUGGUGUACUCAGUGCGACGGAACGGCGGUGGAAGAGAAAGGUGGGAGCUCGAAGCUUGGAGGAUAUGGUGGAGUCGUGCUUGCCGUGCAGGCAGCAGUGUACAGGAGUUUUGUAGCUGAAGCUUGCUGCUGACUGUUGUACCUAGACAAAUAUAGAACUAUACAAUCAAUUGAGCGGUGGCUAAAUGUAUAUAGUCACUAUUUGAAGCAACCGCCGUGAAGCCGUUUCAAGUUGUGUAAAUAGACCUCGUGGCACGCUUGACCGCAUGCCAGGGUUUCUUCCACUAUCCUUAUCGACACCCAUUUGUAGAACCAUCAUUUUCUGCAGCCUCAUUCUGAAGCUCUAUUGGAGUCUUUGUAUGUACGCUGGAUGUCUACUGCUACUACUACUACUAUUACUACUACUUUUCUCUCUCUCUCUCUCUCUCUCUCUCUCUCUCUCUCUGUCUGUCUCUCUCUCUGUCUCUCUCUCUGUCUCUCUCUCUCUCUCUCCACACAUGCACAUGCACACACAUUCAGAGACAGGCACCCAGUGUGAACAUACUUGUGCUCUGUCACUCACUGAGCCAAUCCUUUUGGCAGAACAGAACGGCUUGCAUAUUUCAGGCCUCUUUUUGGAGAGUGUAUAAUAUUCAUGAUAUCCACAUUUCAUGUUGUUCUUCACCAAUUUUGAUGUAUGGGUGAUCUGCUGCCUUUUAUCUGUGGGGCAGCAGCAUAGUACAGUGUUGUUGUAGGAUGCAGCUGCUGCAUGUUUGCAUUGAUUGGGGGAUCGGAAGGAGGGAGGAGAGGAGGGGGCGUGGGGGAAUCUACCAGGUGGGGUGUGUUGUAGUUGAUAAAAUAGCCAUGCGAGU